AAAAUAUAUACGUUAUGGCAUAAAAAAUAAAGUGCAGAUAAAGCAUGAGGAAAAUUACAUAAAUGAUGAUGUACAAGUCCCACCUUCCACAAAAACUUUACUUGAAUCAAACUCUACUCAACAAUUCUCUCUCUCUCUCAAAAAAUAAUUGUCUUGUUCUUACACCAUUAAUCCACCCAUCCACCACCAACCCCGUAAUCAUUAAGCUGCAGUUUUUACACAAAAACAAGAGACUAAUUAAUCCACCCCAACUACCAAACACUUCCCUAUUCAAUAUUUUUCCCUCCAUGAAAACCCCCCCUCCCUCAAAAUCUUGAAACACACACAACACGCUCGCUUUAAAGGAGGAAGUAUGACAGAGAUACUACGUUCCCCGCCCCAACAACUGCCAUCCACCUCCAUCUCUGUUGAUGGCAUAGGCGAAGGGGAUCAGGUGCCUGUUUUGGCUGUUUUCUUGACUGUGUUUAGGAAAUCUUUGGUGGGUUGCAGAAGCAGGUCUGGGGUUCAAGAACAGGCCAUAAUGGAGAUUGGCUGCCCUACCAAUGUUAGGCAUGUUGCUCAUGUUACCUUUGAUAGGUUUAAUGGCUUUCUUGGCCUUCCUGUUGAGUUUGAACCUGAAGUUCCUAGAAGGCCUCCUAGUGCCAGUACGAGAGUGUUUGGAGUUUCAACGGAGUCGAUGCAGCUCUCUUUCGAUGGCAGAGGUAACUGUGUGCCUACCAUCCUACUCAUGAUGCAACGACGCUUGUACUCGCAGAGAGGCCUCCAGUCUGAAGGUAUCUUCAGAAUCAAUCCAGAAAAUGGGCAGGAAGAGUAUGUGAGGGAGCAACUAAACAAUGGAUUGAUCCCAGAUGACAUUGAUGUUCACUGUUUAGCAGGUCUCAUUAAGGCCUGGUUCAGAGAGCUGCCGAAAGGGGUGUUGGACUCUCUGGAGGCGGAGCAGGUGAUGCAGGCGCAGACGGAGGAGGAGUGUGCUCAGCUCGUCUCCCUCCUCCCGCCCACGGAAGCAGCCCUCUUGGAUUGGGCCAUCAACCUCAUGACCGACGUUGCUCAGUUUGAGCAUCUCAACAAGAUGAAUGCACGCAACAUCGCCAUGGUUUUCGCCCCCAAUAUGACUCAGAUGUCUGAUCCCCUCACAGCACUCAUGUACGCUGUCCAAGUAAUGAAUUUCCUCAAGACUCUGAUCGUCAAAACCUUGAGGCAGAGGGAGGAUUGUGUGGUGGAUGUGGAUGAUGAUCGCGAUCACACCAACUCCAAGAAACGAGAAUGUGAGAUACGCCAAGAGGAAGAAGAAGCCAAAGAAACUGGAUUUCUGAGUUGCAUUGACACCAACAUCUUAGUAGCAGCAGCAGAUGGGAAAUGCCAUAGCAUGAGACAUGUUGUUGAAGGUGGAAGAAAUGAGUCGAUAAUUCCGAGGUCGAAAUCGAGGAGUUGGAAUGAAGUGAAGAAAGGAUCCAAGAAAGGCAGCUCUGCCUCUCAAUCAGAGAUUUACGACAUCGGUGAAGUGAGCGUCAUUAGGCGUGCCAAUUCAUGGCGAUGAACUUGUUUGCAAUUUUCAUUAAUCUACUAUUAUUCCUUUGCCUUUACGUGCUUGUGAAUUCGGAAUUUGGUAUGUACAGAUUGCUGUUUUUCUUCGGAAAACCAGCCUCGAUUGGAAUGUGUAAUUUAAUACUAUUAUUUUUAAGUUGAGAAUGUGAUGUGAUUUACAA